CUUCUGUUCUGCUGUCUGUUGAUCUCCCACUUUCUUGGUCUGUCUUUUGCGGAAUCACCUCUCGAUCGAGCGUGGUGUCUGCCUGGGAGAAAGAGAGAGAGAGCUUUGUAUCUUCCUUCUCAAACAGCCCACUGCUUUCUAGUUUCCUACAAUCAGCUCUGGAAAGCUUGGUUAGAUCCUUCAAUUGCUUGCUUCACACCCCGCUAAUAGCUCCCUUACCUCCCCUCCCUCCGCCACCUACCUACUUACUUACUUACUACCUAUCCACCCCAUCCCAUCCACCAAGCCUCACCGUCACCACUACCUCGUUUCGUCUUCGCCAUCCCUGCUUUCCCGCCGCUCCCGCUCGAGCUCCCAUAUCCGCCUAAAGUCUACCCCAUGUAGAGCUCGUUUUUUUAAUAUAUAUAUACACCCUACUCCUGGAAGUCGAGCCUCAAGAAAAUCUAGUUCACGCUCCGGAGCCGAUUCCAUCUCUUUCUCCCUUACCUUGGAAUUAAGAAGACUUGUGGAAUUUUUUUUUUCCCUAACCAAAAGUAAAUACUGGUUGCCAGCACGCUCAAUGGACAGUUGUGGGACGCUGAGAGGUCUGCUCACUCCUUUUGCUGAGAGACCACUUUGCGUUCCAUCGGAUUCUCCGGUCCAUGGCCCUGAGAUAGUCAGCUGCGACGAAACCAUCAUCACCGACAGCUUAUACAACCUGCCCCUAUAGUCCUCGCGCUGAGUGAAGGGAAGGAAGAAAAAUAAAACAAGGGAAACAGAAUGAUGCCAUCACUACAACAACAGCAGCAACAGCAGCAACAACAAAAACAACAACACCAGAAGACUAUCAACAAUGCCACCAUCAACCCGGCCACUGUUGCUGCGUCUUCGUCAUCGCCGUUGCCUUCGUCGCUGGUUCCGUCGUCUUCCGCCUCCGCAUCCUCGUCCUCCUCAUCAGCAUCAUCAUCCUCUCCCUUAUCCUCCUCUAUCGCUGUAGCCUCGUCCCCAGCUUCAAACGCUAAGAUGCCCUAUGGCAUAUGGAACAUGGACGAACCCACGCGAAACCGCUUGUUGAAACAGUACAGAACCCAGGCUGCCUCUGCGGCCUCGACUAUAUUUGCAACACUCUCUGUGACUCCGUUGGAAAACCUCAAAACUCGCAUGCAAACUCAUGAUUUUCGAGGCCUCACCGACUGCGCUCGCUAUAUCUGGCGUACGGAGGGCUUUAGAGGGUAUACUGCAGGAGCUUUACCGCCCAUGGUCAGCGUCACGUUUGUCCGUGUUACAAACUUUACGGUAUACCAAAAGGCCAAGUACGCCCUCUCCGAUGCCAUUGAGAGGAUGACUGGAGAAGCACCCCUGGUGCUAUACAAUACCCCAGGAAGCCUCCCCACUCUCGGCACUGUGUCCUGUUUUACAAUAGCUGGAAUGGUUGCUGGACUUGCCGCCACCCCUCUUGCAUGUCCCUUCGAGCUAGCUAAAAAUGUCGUCCAAACCUCUGUCCUCAUGGCAAACAGAUCGCACGCGAUAGCUGGAACGGCCACCAACCGCCACACAUCCCUCCGUGGCAUGCCUCGCCUCGGCACCAUCGACGCCAUAAAGCAAAUCGUCUCCCGCCAUGGCUAUCGCGGCCUAUACACUGGUGUACGCCUGCACGCAAUUCGCGAUACGAUCGGAACCGGACUCUACUUUGGCAUCUACGAGACCGCCAAGCAACUCAUCUCCACUUACUUGGGCGAUCAACAGUCACCCUUUGGCGCGCCAAUGGCGGCGGGGGCGUUAUCCGGGGUUAUUCCUUGGAUAUGCACAUAUACACUAGACACCAAAAAGACACGGGCGCAGUGCAUCCUACUAGGUAAAUCUAAGGAGAUCGGCGAGGCGUCGAUGGCCGCGGCGCGCUCGUCUAUGUAUAAGGGCAUGUCGGUCUCGAUCGCGCGGACGGCGUUUCAAAAUAUGAUUCUCCUGACAACGUUUGAGUAUCUGAAAGUUCGGAUUAACCAGCUUGAGGCGUGAGGCGGCGGUCGCUGUCGUUUGGUGAUGUUUUGUGGCUUUCUCUUCUUUCUGGCUUCUGUGUGCAUGCUGGUAUGUCUGUUGGAAUGGGCAGACGUACAACCAAAUCGGCAUACCAAAAUCAAACAGAGAGGAAGGUAAGAGGAGGUCAGAGACGAGGCGAGGUGGAUGGACAUAUAUCAGAAACUUUUACGUUUACUUUUUACCCAUUACCCCUUUCCCCAUGCUUACAAUAUUUUCCUUUGAUAUUUUCUUCUCCGAUUUAUUUUCCUACUUUUUCUGAUUCUGCCUGCGGCUACCAGGAAGUAGCUUAAGCAUAGCCAUAUCCCUUCCCAUUCUGAACCGUCACAAUCUUCUUCUUCACUUCUCUUAUUUCCUUUCUCCACUCAGUGAAAGAAAAUCUUUGCUGAACAUGAUCCUGCUUGCUUCCCACAUCUUCCUCUUCUCCUCCUGUCUUAUUUUACCCUAUUCACGGUGUCCCGGGUGUGAUUUAUGUUUUUAUGUUUUUCUUACGGUGUGACGGGAUCAUGGGUAUGAUCACGGGUAUGAAUUUUCUGUCCCUUGCCCUUCUGGCCUGAUAUUGUUAUCUUGCCUUCUUUUUUUCUUCUCCUCUUCUCCUUUACAUACUUUUACUUUUUACAUGUCUUUUUUGCAUAACCUCACAGCUCAUUUAGAAGCCUUAUGAUACAGCCGUUUUUUUUGUUUUUCUUUUUUACAUAUUUUGUAUCCGACUUGUUCUGCGACCUUGGACGCUUCUCCGGGAGUGCUGUGCUGCUACUGGUGUCGGUGCAGGUUAUCAUUGUACUUUAACUAUAUAUAUAUAAUAUAUAUGAGUAUAUACAGGUACAAUCGCAAAUGAUAGUUUUGGUUAUGUGUUUUAUAUUUAGCUGCUGAGUCAAGGUUGUUGUUACGUCAUUGGCUAUUGGCUCCUGCACUCAUCUCGAACCAUCUCCACUUCCACGUGAUCAUCACCCUGCUUAGCUAAUAGUUAAAUUACCACUCAAUCCUCUUAUCCUCAAAUUUUCCAAUUUUCCAAUUUCUCCUAUUUCUUUUUCUUCUCUUCUUUUUUUUCCCCAUACAUAUUUCCAGGUCUCCGACAUGCCCUUGUUCUGGUAGUUAUUCUCGCAAUAACCUAUUUUUGCCUCUAUUACCUCUACAAAUUACAGAAGAGACCGAGAACAAAUCUUAGGAUAUGCCCGUUCUAAUCCCAGCUGUUGUUUGGUUGUCAAGUUAUAUUUGAAUAAUUUUGGCUGCCUGACGAGUCGAUUGAUGGGUUCGCUUUUUGGGCAUAAAUAUAUAUAAACUCUACAUUCCUAGCCUUUUUCCCUCUACUUUUAUUUCCUUUUCUCUUACAUGCCUGGUAGCCAAUUGGGAAUUGGGUCGUGGACCCUUCAAAGGUGACCGAUGUGUAUUUUUACUUCAGAGGCAGAACCAAAUGGGCAAAAACCAAAGCCCAAAAAUUUCACGAAAAUCAUUUCGUUUAUUUGUCUCAGCGACGAUUUCGUUGCCCCCUCUCCCAAAUCCACAACGGAGUUUACAAUAGGGAAUCUCGUCAAUGCAGCCCAGUUACUUGCCUCGGACAAUAAAGCAACUACUCAUAAAACCAUUCCAGCUCGAACGGGGCAUAAGACUAUUAGCAUCCGUCUAGCUCCCCUCACAUUCCAUCCCACGGCUUGCUCUAUUUCGCAAAGCCUCUUUUCCUACUAGGAAAUUCUUCCUCGGUGUUAUGCUACUGUCGUUCGCGAGAAGCACCUGCUGGAGCCUGCGACUCGAGAUCAUAGAUAUACAUAGGGAAAAUGAUAUGAAAAUUGAAGCUCCACGAUGAUAGUGGAGGAAGCAGAGGAAUAAAAGGAAGAGAUAAGGGAAAAAAGCACGGCAUCAUCGAAGUCUCGUCCGUCCUUUCACAAUGAUGUCUCGAGGUCAAAAGUCAUGCCAACAGCAAAAAGAAAAAAAGAAAAAAAUAGGAAGAGUAGAAAGCAAGAAUUGCUCUUUUCUUCUUUUGAUUUUUUCGUCUCUCUCGUGUUGCGUCUACCUUUCCUUUAUUUACUUCUGUGGAGGAUGACGUGUCAAAUUGAGUUGGAGAUACAUAUCAAGGCAACAUUUGUCCAGCGUUUGUUAUAUAAGUUGUUAAAGCGUGUUAGAAACGAAUUGAUUUGAUUUUUACUUCUUCUUGCCCUCUUUCAUUCGAACUCACUGGCCCAUUGGCCAUACUAAAAGAGUGCUUUUUAGUACCCUUCCCUUAGGAGUCCUACCGUUAGUUAUGGCAUGAAUUAAGUAUAACCGGCUGGUACCCUUGGAAGAAGAUGUUGCUGCGCCAUCAUGUACGUUCCUUGUUCCUCGCAGCCCCGGCAUAUCUCAACGCCAUCAAGCAUUCAAGUCGUGGUAGCCAAGGAAGUAGUUACUCAACUCCGAAACCAUAUCGGUCUCACCACCGCCUAGUAUUUCUUCCUUCAGAUUUAAUUCGGAUAGCAAUAAUAACAAUGCCUUUUAUUGUUGAAUGUGCCGCCGUAUCAACUACAAAUGUGGCAUAAAAAUAGUGUACGCAUAGUAUGUCCUUCGGUUGACUUCUUUUUUCGCCUCAAGCUCUUCUGGUUAAUUGUGGGCCAUCUCGUAUCUCGUAGAUGAAGCCAUGGCACAGUCGAGAAGGAGGGGAAACAAACUGAAUGCUGAGUACAAUAUGUAUUAUCUCUGAUAAGGGACAUAGGCCAUGGAUUUUGUGUAGCGGUAUAUGUAUAAAUAUAUCUAUAUAUGUAUGCGGG